UACCUGCAACUGCUGAUGAAGAAAAAGUCUCAAUGUGUUUGUGUUUGGUCCUAAUCUGCUGCCAAGUCUGUUUGACACUGCUGGAUUUCCAGCUGAUAGAUGACAGAUUAGAAACUGAUCAGUCUAUUGAUCACACAAUAUUCCAUCAAUAGAAUUGAUUUGACUUUGAUUUGUGUAACAAAGUGAUUUCCACGUCUCCUUCAUGAUGUGACAGUGUCAGAGCUGAAUGCACUUGUAGAGUAUCAUGUUUUUAUGGCUCACAUUUAAAGUGUUCCAGCUCUAAUGUACAGCUGUCAUAUUAGAAAUAGAAGCAGCUCUGAUUUUAGUGCUCAAAUAAAUCUAUGAAGUUAUGAAUUCACACAUGAACAGUUUUCUGCAGCGUUCCUCUCGGCCUUAUUUGCAGCUCCACUCUUGUUUUUGCUCUAAUAAUUAUUUCUCUCCAUGAGCUGUUUCUCUGCCUGAAGGAGGCGCCACUCCAUCGCUUCAUUUAGUGCAGAACAAGAGUCACAUGAUGCUGCUCUGUCAACACCAAUCACACUUUGUACAGCUCAUGUUGUGUUUGUUGUCCUCUCAGUCUGUCAGGUGGAGGUGGAGGAGGGGGUGGAGUCUGUCCAGCUGCCCUUCAAAACCACACAAAACCUGCCUGAAGAUGCUGAAGUGGAGUGGAUAUGUAAAGAACCUGAAUACAGGAAGGUCCACAUGUAUGAGAACGGCUCUGACCAGCCUGAAGAACAGCACCAGGUUUACAGAGACCGAACGAAGAUGAAUGAAGACCUGCUGAAAACCGGAGACCUCAGUCUGACCCUGAAAUACCCCACAGAGAGAGACAGUGGGAUAUAUGUGUGUGAAGCGAGGAGGAACGGACGGAUUAGAUAUAAAACUGUGCAGCUUAAAGUCAAAGUCUGUCAGGUGGAGGUGGAGGAGGGGGCGGAGUCUGUCCAGCUGCCCUUCAAAACCACACAAAACCUGCCUGAAGAUGCUAAAGUGGAGUGGGUACGCUAUGAACCUGAAUACAGGAAGGUCCACGUGUAUAAGAACGGCUCUGACCAGCCUGAAGAACAGCACCAGGUUUACAGAGACCGAACGAAGAUGAAUGAAGACCUGCUGAAAACUGGAGACCUCAGUCUGACCCUGAAACACCCCACGGAGAAAGACAGUGGGAUAUAUGUGUGUGAAGCGAGGAGGAACGGACGGAUUAGAUAUAAAACUGUGCUGCUGAAAGUCAAAGUUUCCCAGCAUGCCCUGGCUGUGGUGGUGGAGGUGUAUGAGGGGGAAACAUCUGUCCUGUUGCCGUGCCAGGACACAGGUGUUACACUUAAGAACCGUACAGUGCUGUGGACUCGCAAUGAUCUCGACCCCAAAUCUGUCCACCUGAGACGAGAGGAAACAGAUGAUGUAACAGGAAAAAAUCAGCGUUACAUCGGACGCACAUCAAUGAGGCCUGAUGCUCUGGACACUUUAGACUUCAGCCUCACUUUGAAAAACCCCCAACCAACAGACAGCGGCAUCUACACCUGCUCCAUCCUAAAUGAAAGGGAGGAACUAAAACUGACAGACAUACAGCUGCAUGUCAAAGUUAUUCCGGUGAAGGUGGAGGUGGAGGAGGGGGUGGAGUCUGUCCAGCUGCCCUUCAAAACCACAAAAAACCGGUCGGGGGAAAUUCAAGUGAUAUGGGAACGUUAUGAGCCGUUCCAGAAGGCUCACGUGUUUACAAACGGCCCAAACCAAUAUGAAGAACAGCACGAGGUUUACAGAGACCGAACUGUGAUGAACAAAGACCUGCUGGAAACUGGAGACUUCAGUCUGACCCUGAAACAGCCCACAGAGAGAGACAGUGGAGAGUACAAGUGUUUGGUCUGGAGGAAGGGAACCUUCAUCAGAAAGAAAACUGUGAAGCUCAAAGUCAAAGGUCCAGGAUCAAACAGGGGACAUCAGGACCAGAAGCUGCUUCAGUGAUCAGACUCUGAGUUUUACCCUCACCACUCUGCCUUUUUGUUCAUUUAGUGGGUUUAAUGUCACAGUGUGAUAAUACAGGAACACAUUUCACUUUUAAGUCCAGUCCUGUCCUCAGUCUGUCUCUGCUGUGUGCACAGUCCUUCACUGUGUGUGAUCAGCUAUUGUUCCAUGUUCCAUAUUCCUCAUCUGUGUCUCACCAUCUUUACAGUCUGUGCUGUCCAACUUUUUUAAGCCAUUUUUGGGCUUUUUCUGCACUUUAAUUAAACACUUUUAAAUAAAGGUUUUACUUCA